AUGGUGGGCAAACGAACUCUUCACCCGGCGAAGAACCAAGCAGAUGACACUUGGAGGGAGGCAGAUCUGGAAGCUGGGGGCGAUCGUAGACGCUUUACUGGUUUCAAGGAUGCCGUCGAGUAUGUUUUGGAUCGUCGAACCACAGCUGCGUUGAAGGAGCAGCUCCGGCACGGCAUGGAUAGAGGAGCAUUCGAGAAGGCCAGGAAAAGUGACGAAGAGUUGAAGCAAAUCAAGAACAAAAAGAUCCGCAAAUUCUACGAGAAACAAAACGCUACCUUGAACGACUGGGCCGAAGUGGACACGAUAGUGCUGGCCAUGGCCGACGAGGUUAUGGAGAGCAUGAACACCGACGCUGACCACGAUGGGAUUCGGGAAAGAGAAGGCAGACUGCAACAUGUUGAAGAGCACAUUGACUACCUCUUGCCGGACGACGUGCGGGAGAGGAGGCGGAAGGCAGAUCGAAACGCCCGGUGGGCAAUCAACAUCAAUGUCAUUGCCAAUAUCGUUCUGCUCGUCGCCAAGGGAGUAGCGGCGCUCAAGUCCUCAUCUCUGUCUUUGAUUGCCUCUCUCGUCGACUCGGCGCUCGACCUGCUGUGCACAGCGAUCGUAUGGACGACGAACAAACUGGUAUCUUGGAGGUUGUCGGCACUCUCGAGGAAGUUUCCAGUCGGUCGGCGGAGGCUCGAACCCCUCGGUAUCCUUGUAUUUUCCAUCAUCAUGGUCAUAUCGUUUCUUCAAAUCCUGCAGGAGUCUGUCGAGAAAUUGCUCCCGAGUGGCAACCACGACAUUGCUACAUUGCCCGCACUGGCCAUCGCUUCUAUGGCGGGCACCAUCGGUAUCAAAGGUCUGAUCGGCCUAGGAUGCAUGAGGAUCAAGACCACGCAAGUGCAGGCGCUUGCUCAGGAUUGCAAGACGGAUGUGUAUUUCAAUACAUUGUCGUUGCUCUUCCCACUGAUCGGUAAACAGGCCGGUGUUUGGUGGUUGGAUCCAUUGGGCGCAGCACUGCUUUCCUUGUAUAUUAUUUAUGACUGGGCCGACACUUGCAUCGAAAAUGUCACCAGACUUUGCGGCCUUGCGGUGGACGAGACGCUGCAGAACAAGUUGAUCUACCUGGCUUAUCGAUUCAGCAAUUUGGUGUCCGGAUUCAAGUCGGUCAUUGCGUAUCACGCUGGAGAUGGCGUGUGGGCCGAGUUCGAUAUUUUGUUAGAUGAGAAGACACCAUUGAGGCGCACGCACGACGUUGCCGAGACUCUGCAGUACUGUUGCGAGGCGUUGACCGAGGUUGAUAGAGCGUUUGUGACCACAGACUAUUCUGCGCAAAACCCCGGCGGUCAUUCUCAAGACUUGGUAUGA